ACGCGAACGGCAACAACAACAAACCGUUCGGAGUCGUUCCUUGCGCCCGUGUUUGAACUCUUUCAUUGGGAGUAUAGCCUGUUAUAGUCUAAAACCCUAUAAAAGAAGAAAGAAGAACUCUUCAGAACGAGAUCCAGGUUAUAUAGGCAUAAAAAUCUAAAGCCCUAUAAAGGAGAAAGAGGAAGAAGAAGAAAAAGAGCUUGAGGAAGAAAACUGGUGCUGUCAUUUCACCUUCUGUUCAAAAUAGUGGGGGUACUUUCGGCACAAACGAGGAUGUCUGAUGGUGAAGUUGUUGAAGAUUUUUAUGGAGUUUACUUGUUGUACUGCAUAAAUCCACAGUACAAAGGACGCACAUAUAUUGGCUUCACUGUUGACCCCAAUCGUCGUAUCAAGCAGCACAACCGAGGUGUUAGGGCAGGAGGUGCAUAUAAAACCAGCAACAGGGGGCCCUGGGAAAUGGUUCUUAUUGUCCAUGGAUUUCCAAAUGACAUAUCUGCCCUCAGAUUUGAAUGGGCCUGGCAGCAUCCAGAAAGAAGUCGUCGGUUGAGAGGUAUGGGCCGUAAAAAAGCAAAAGAAACAAAAUAUGAAUAUUGUCUACGGAUUCUGGCAACUAUGUUACAAACUAAACCUUGGUCUCGUCUGCCUCUUACACUUAGAUGGCUCAAACAACAGUACUUCAAAGAAUUUCCUGCAGGGAUGGAGGCCCCCAAUCACAUGCCAAUUGCUUAUGGUCCAGUAAAACCUGCAAAAGUUAGAAAGAAUGAAGAGGAACAAGAAAUUGAAGUUUUGGAGGUGACAUGCUUGCUGUGUGAUGAUGCAGUAACACAAACAGAAAAAAUGAGAUGUUUAUCUACCUCAUGUCAGUUAAAUGCUCAUGUCAGAUGCCUUGCACAACAUAUGCUACAUGGAGAACCACCAGGGACUCUGCUUCCUCUAGAAGGCCCAUGUCCAAGCUGUGGGUCUGUAUUGCUAUGGGGUGACCUUGUAAGACUGAAGCGCGGAUGCUAUCAGCAAGAAGAGGAGGAAGUGGAAGAUCAUUGGGUUGAGACUUUAAGUCAAGCUGUAUAAAUGAAAUCACAAUGUUGUUUAAUUGAGCAGUGCAUCUUGGCAGUUCCCAUGGUAUGCUGUUUUGAUAUUGAUGGUACUGUGUCAAGUAUGGAGAGUCACCAGGUUAAGAAGUUUCAUAGUGCCUGGAUGCAAGAAUUGGAUUAUUUUUCGAUGAGCAGUGCUAAUAGAUUUUACACAUAAUUUUGAAAAUGAUAAUAUAUAAUAUAUUUAUAAUUCUUUUAUCUUAAUAUAAUUGUGUAAUGAUUUCCUGACUCUGUAAAUCUGUUUUUAAUCCAUAUAUUUUUAUGUCAGAGUAUAUAUUUCAGUGGGUCUUUACAAACCCUUUCCCUGCAAAUGUCCUCACCUGAUAACCUUUAGAAGGUAAAGCCCUUGUUUCGGCACCAGAAAAGUUUUAUAGUGACACUAAAGGCUUCCACUGUCUUUCACUGCUCCUUGGCCAAGUAUGCUUAAUAGUGGAAGUAAAUGCUUGCAUUCCGUUAUUCA